AUGCCGACCAAAUCUUCCACUCUGCGAGAUGACCAGACGCGCGAGAUACUUUCUGUUCUAUCGGCGCCAAGCGUUCCUGGACUUCAAAAAAUUUGUACCCAGCUCAAGACCCAUCCACAAAACUUUGGCAGCCACAUAACACGACUGGAAUCUACGUUGUUAUCCUUAAUCAACUGCAAGGAAAUGACCUGUCCCCGGCAAAACUCGGUGCACCACCACUUCCCUCCAUCUGCUAGUGUAAACGACAAACUACUUUGUAGUGCAUCGGCUUGUUUUGCUAUGUUGCCGUUGGUAGGCAACCCACUACGCAUUCCGGACCGUUUUAUUGAUUUUCAAAUGCGUGUGCUCUGUUGUCUUUGUAAAUCCCUUCGAACGUUGUUAGACCUCCACGGAAUAUCCUCCCCAAGCCUCCAAUCAGUUAACAAUUAUCUCGACUCAAAAGUGGAACUGUUUACCUCUCUAAAGCCAGUGUCUAGGGACGGUAUUCCGCCACCAGAACACAUGAAGCUGCUAUUUGCGAGAGUAGAUUUUUUCGUCGGAUGUUUGAGAUCUCUCUUCGAGUCGGAUUUAAACGUCGAAUGCCAAUUCUGUCUCCCGCUUUUUGUUGCUUUUUUCAAUGGCUUACUCAGCAUCGAACAAAUCAGUGGUAAACUCACUACAUGCGAUCUGCUGCUACGUAGCAGCCGAUUGCUGAACUGCUUGGCGGCAUUCAUUCGGUUGGUUGGUGCAAAGCUUGUCCCUGCUUCAUCGUCUUUGCUUACAGUGCUUACCUACCAACUGGAAUGGACCGCUGUUUGGAAUGAUAGGCCUUUGUUGAACGAGGAUAUUGUGCGACAUCGUUUGGCAUCCUUGCAUUGCUUGCAGGAGACUAUAAAUUCAGUAAGGAGUUUUCAUAGUCAUCGUCUAAUUCGUCUGUUACCACGGAUUUUGACGCAGCUAAUCCAUGAUAUUUCAUGGGCAGGUGAUCUUCACUCAACUACCAACGCUUCAGAUGACGGGGAUCGGAAUCCGUCGGUUUUACUGGAAGAUAUUCAGUACAGAAAGAUUCUCCCACUAGGCUUCAAGCGUCGGCUGUUAGCUGCAAGCUUUGAACUUAUAGAACUCAUAUUCUCAGAUGCUGCUGUUAAUUCUACUUUCGGGCUUGCUCACCAUCACUCGUCUGUCCAUCCAGAAACUCUGGAAAACAAUGAAAGCGUCACUCAUAAAUUGGCGAAAUUGCAAUUUUGCUUGUCUCAAUUAAGCCGACAUAUUACGUCGAAUUUCCCGGGUGGUGCUCCUUUCCGGCGUAAUUUUUACUCCGACUUUCAGCGGUUGCCGCUACUUCACCCGUCGGUCCUAAUUUCGUUUGCCCGGUGUUUGACCAAUUUGCUGAUCGCAUCUAUGUCUGUGUCCACACUCAGCGCUGCCUCUAAUUUUCUCACGGAAUUAUCAUUACAUCCAGACCCUGAGCUUAGCAAUGUGGCUCAAAAUUGUCUGCAACGGCUCGGUAUCUUACUUCCCACAACUCAGUUCGAAAGCCGUUUGACUCUACAACGAAAUACCGAUUCUGCAACAGUUGCCAGAAUGCUGACUGACAAUACACCGUCUGCCGUUGUGUGCAUUCCGGAGAUUUCUUCUCAACCGGCUACAGUCCAGCCAGAUGGCGACUUGUCUUACAGUGAGAAAGGGACAACUAGUGGAACUGCAUCUUCCCCGGUUACGACGAUCGUCAGCACAGAUAAAUGUGAAAAAAUUUGCGCCGAGAGUGAUCCUAAGCGUCGUCGUGUCUCAGAAGACGUUGAUUCGUCCGAAAAGUCGACAGCUGUUCCUCAGAUUCCCGUCCCAGAUGUACCUCCACUGCAUGAUACGAUAUCUGUUGAUAGUUGUCUGGCUUCCUUUGACCCAACUUUUGUA